UUAGAGGAGGAAAACGGGAAAAAAAUAUUCUGAACCAAUGGACAUAGUACAGGAGAUAAAAGCGAAAACGAUUUCUCCUGCGCUCCGGGACCCAGGCCGGUGAUAGUACAGGAGAUGACCAGAGACUGCGGACACAGUACAGGAGAUGACCAAGAGACUGUGGACACGGUACAGGAGAUGACCAGAGACUGCGGACACAGUACAGGAGAUGACCAGAGACUGCGGACACAGUACAGGAGAUGACCAGAGACUGCGGACACAGUACAGGAGUACUGGAAGAGAAGACUGCACAGCGCUGGACCAAGGAACAGGUAAGGAUCUGCUACAGAGGAGAGCCGAGCGGCUGGCCCGGUAUUCUGACACG